GCGCGCGAUCGUAGGCUCGGUUGCCCCGCGGUUCUUGCCCGCCGUUCUUGUUCCGGGUUCUGUUCCCCGGGUCUGUCCCGUGGGUCUGCGUGCCGUCCCCGCCAUGGGCCUGGAGCUCUACCUGGACCUGCUGUCCCAGCCCUGCCGCGCCGUCUACAUCUUCGCCAAGAAGAACAACAUCCCCUUCGAGCUGCGCACCGUGGAGUUGCUCAAAGGCCAGCACCACAGCGAUGCCUUUGCCCAGGUGAACCCCCUGAGGAAGGUGCCAGCCCUAAAGGAUGGGGAGUUCACCUUGGCUGAGAGUGUGGCCAUCCUGCUGUAUCUGAGCCGCAAGUACAAGGCCCCCGACCACUGGUACCCAGAGGACCUGCAGGCCCGUGCCCGCGUGGAUGAAUACUUGUCAUGGCAGCACACAGCCCUGCGGAGUAGCUGUACCCGGGCCAUGUGGCAGAAGAUGAUGUUCCCUGUGUUCCUGGGUGAACGGGUGCCCCCUGAAACAUUGGCGUCUACUCUGGCCGAGCUGGACAGCUGCCUGCAGUUGCUUGAGGACAAGUUCUUGAAGGACCAGGACUUCCUUAUCGGGCCCCACAUCUCAGUGGCAGAUUUAGUGGCCAUCACAGAACUGAUGCAUCCCGUCAGCGCCGGCUGCCAAGUCUUCAAAAGCCGACCCAAACUGGCUGCCUGGUACAACCGUGUAGAAGCUGCAAUCGGGGAGGACCUCUUUCAGGAGGCCCAUGCAGCUAUCAUGAAGGCCAAAGACCUGCCUCCAGCGGACACUGCCAUGAAGGAGAAGCUAAAGCCUUUGGUGCAGGUUUUGUUGAAGUGAUUAGGGGUGGGGCCUGCAGAGCCACCAAAUGGAGACUCUGUUGUCAGAAUAAAGAGAUGGAGUUGCCUCUCUCCUUUGCCAUGAGCAAGACACCCUG